AGGAACCGAAUUCAGCUCUCCUUCCACACCUUCGCUCUGGAAGAGGACUUUGACAUCGUGUCCAUUUACGAUGGACAGCCACAGCCAGGGAACCUAAAGAUGAGGUUGUCUGGCUUCAUGUUGCCAUCGCCAAUAGUAAGUUCGGGGUCAAUAUUGGCGCUGUGGUUCACUACAGACUUUGCUGUGAGUGCUCAAGGAUUUAAAGCAAUAUAUGAAGUGCUGCCGAGUCACACGUGUGGAAAUCCGGGAUUGAUACCGAGAGGAAUCAUUCACGGGACGAGGUAUAAUAUCGGGGACAAAAUCCGCUACUCCUGCGUGAUUGGAUACGUCCUGGAAGGCCAUGCUGUGCUCACGUGCAUAGUGAGCCCUGGGAGUGGUGCAUCAUGGGACUUCCCAGCACCAUUCUGCAGAGCUGAAGGAGCAUGUGGCGGCACGUUACGAGGGACAACAGGAACAAUAUCCAGUCCUCACUUCCCCUCAGAAUAUGAGAACAGUGCAGACUGCACAUGGAGUAUUUUGGCUGAGCCCGGAGACACCAUUGCAUUGGUGUUCACAGACUUCCAGCUGGAGGACAGAUAUGACUUUCUGGAGAUCAGUGGCACAGAAGCCCCAUCAAUAUGGCUCACUGGCAUGAAUCUGCCAUCGCCCGUCAUCAGCAGCAAGAACUGGCUGCGGCUGCACUUCACAUCUGACAGCAACCAUCGGCGGAAAGGAUUUAGUGCCCAGUACCAAGUGAAGAAGGCCAUCGAGCUGAAGUCCAGAGGGGUGAAAAUGCUUCCGAAUAAAGACACAAGCCACAAAAAUGCAGUCUUGAGCCAGGGAGGAUUGACGGCAGACAUUUGUCCGGAUCCAGGGAUUCCAGAGAACGGGAAACGAAUUGGCUCCAGCUUCCAUGUUGGAGCCAGCAUCCAGUUCUCUUGUGAUGACAGCUAUGUGCUGCAGGGAUCAAAGAGCAUCACUUGCCAGAGAGUGACGGAGACCCUGGCCGCCUGGAGUGACCACAGGCCGAUCUGUCGAACAAGAACAUGUGGCUCGAACUUACGAGGUCCCAAAGGUGUAAUCACCUCUCCGAACUACCCUGUCCAGUACGAGAACAACGCCCACUGCGUGUGGGUCAUCACAGCACUGGAUCCUGAGAAGGUCAUUAAAUUGGCCUUCGAGGAGUUUGACCUUGAGAGAGCCUAUGAUACAUUAACAGUGGGUGAUGGAGGAAAGAUUGGUGAUGCCAGAAGAGUGCUCUAUGUUCUGACAGGCUCCAGUGUGCCUGAUUUGAUCGUGAGCAUGAGCAACCAGAUGUGGCUCCAUCUCCAGUCUGACGACACCAUCGGCUCUCAAGGCUUCAAGGCCAUUUAUGAAGAGAUUGACAAAGGAGGGUGCGGAGACCCGGGAGUCCCAGCCUAUGGCAAGCGAAAGGGAGACAGUUUUUUGCACGGCGACGUGCUGACCUUUGAGUGUCAGGCUGCCUUCGAGCUGGUCGGAGAGAGGACUAUAUCGUGCCAGCAAAACAACCAGUGGUCUGGAAACAAACCCAGCUGCGUCUUCUCCUGCUUCUUUAAUUUCACUGCACCGUCGGGCAUCAUCCUCUCGCCCAACUACCCCGAAGAGUACGGCAACAACAUGAACUGCGUGUGGCUCAUCAUAGCCGAGGCGGGCAGUCGGAUCCAUCUCAUUUUCAGCGACUUCGACGUGGAGCCUCAGUUUGACUAUCUCAUAGUGAAGGAUGAUGGGAUGCCCGAGCCCACCACAUUUGGGACCUUCUCUGGGAAAGAUGUGCCCUCACAGAUUGCCAGUAAUGGCAACAUCAUGCGCCUGGAGUUCCAGUCGGACCACUCCAACACGGGGAAGGGCUUCAACAUCACCUACACGACCUUUGGCCAGAAUGAAUGUCAUGACCCAGGCAUCCCCAUUAACGGCCAGCGCUUCGGAGAGCACUUCUUACUGGGAAGCUCGGUCCUCUUUACGUGUGACGAGGGCUUCAUCAAAACGCACGGCUCGGAAUCUAUCACCUGCAUCAUCCAGGAUGGUAACGUGGUAUGGAACGCGGCUGUGCCCCGUUGUGAAGCUCCCUGUGGUGGGCAUUUAACUGCUCCGGCUGGAGUUCUGCUGUCCCCAGGCUGGCCUAGCUACUAUAAAGACUCUCUGAACUGUGAAUGGGUGAUCGAAGCCAGGAAGGAUCAUGCUAUCAAGAUUUCUUUUGACAGAUUUCAGACGGAGGUUAAUUAUGAUACGCUGGAGGUUCGAGAUGGGCCUUCCAAUUCAUCCCCUCUGAUUGGCGAGUACCACGGCACUCAGGCUCCCCACUUCCUCAUCAGCACUGGAAACUCCAUGUACCUCCUGUUCACCACCGACAACAGCCGCUCCAGCGAGGGCUUCCAGAUCCGCUACGAGAGUAUCAUGAUGGAGAGUGAUUCAUGCUUGGAUCCUGGGAUUCCUGUAAAUGGCAAGAGGCAUGGUGAUAACUUUGCCAUUGGCUCCCAGGUGACUUUCAGCUGUGAUAAGGGCUACACGUUGAGUGAUGAUGAGCCCAUUGUCUGUGAAAGGAACCAUCAGUGGAACCAUGCUCUGCCCAGCUGUGAUGCUUUUUGUGGUGGUUAUGUCCAUGGGAAAACCGGAACUAUCCUCUCUCCUGGUUUUCCGGAUUUCUACCCAAACUCUCUGAACUGCACAUGGACCAUAGAGGUCUCUCAUGGCAAAGGGGUGCAGCUGGUUUUUCACACAUUCCACCUGGAGGACUCGCACGAUUACUUGCUCGUCAUGGAGGAUGGUAGUCUCAACGAACCUGUGGCUCGACUCACAGGCUCCGUCCUGCCUCCCUCCAUCAAAGCGGGCCUGUUUGGAAACUUCAGCGCUCAGAUCCGCUUUAUCUCUGACUUCUCCAUGUCUUACGAGGGCUUCAACAUCACUUUCUCAGAGUAUGAUCUGGAGCCAUGUGACGAUCCUGGCGUGCCAGCCUACAGCAGAAGGGUGGGUUUCCAGUUCGGUGUAGGCGACUCAUUGGUGUUCACCUGCUUCUCGGGCUACCGGCUAGAAGGCGAGAGUAAGAUCACGUGUCUGGGAGGAGGCCGGCGUGUCUGGAGCGCAGCCCUGCCCAGGUGUGUGGCUGAGUGUGGCGCCUCCUCUGUGGGCAGCGAAGGAGUUCUUCUGUCCCCAAACUACCCAGCUAACUAUGACAACAACCACGAGUGCAUUUAUCGCAUCCAGACUGAUAACGGCAAGGGGAUCCAGCUCAUGGCCAGCAACUUCCAGCUACGUGAUGGAGACUUCCUGCUGAUUUAUGAUGGUCAAGACAGUUCAUCAAGACUGCUUGGCAAUUUUACACGAAAUGAAAUGUCCAACAUCAUCGUCAACAGUACCUCCAACCAUCUGUGGGUUGAGUUCAAUAGUAAUGGGACGGGAACCAGCAAAGGCUUCAAACUGAUAUACACGAGUUUUGACCUUGUGAAAUGUGAAGAGCCAGGCACUCCUAACUAUGGCUACAAGAUCCAGGAUGAUGGCCAUUUUGCCAACACGUUUGUGCUGUACAGCUGUAAUCCUGGUUACACACUGCAUGGCAGCAGCACACUGACGUGCCUGAGCGGAGACAGACGUGUUUGGGACAAACCACUGCCGUCGUGCUUCGCGGAAUGUGGAGGACACAUCAGUGGUGCCACAUCUGGCCGCAUCCUAUCUCCUGGCUACCCUGUGCCGUAUGACAACAACCUUCACUGCACCUGGUCCAUUGAGGCUGAUACAGGGAAAACCAUCAGCCUCCACUUCAUCGUCUUCGACACGGAAGUGGACCAUGACAUCCUGAAAGUGUGGGACGGCCCAGCCGAGAAUGGCAUCCUGCUGAAAGAGUGGAGCGGCUCGCUCUUACCCGAGGACACGCACAGCACCUUCAACAUCCUCACGCUCCAGUUCGACAGCGACUACUUCAUCAGCAAAUCCGGUUUCUCCAUCCAGUUCUCCACUACAACAGCCACCACCUGCAACGACCCAGGCAUCCCCCAAAACGGCACUCGCUACGGGGACAGCAGAGAGCCAGGUGAUACAAUUUCCUUUCAGUGUGAUCCUGGCUACCAGGUUCAGGGAGUGUCUGAGAUUACCUGCGUUCAGCUCAACAAUCGCUUCUUCUGGCAGCCCGACCCCCCGACAUGCAUAGCUACCUGUGGAGGCAAUGUGACAGGACCUGCUGGAGUAAUUCUAUCACCAAACUAUCCUCAGCCCUACCCGCCAGGAAAGGAGUGUGACUGGCGAAUAAAAGUCAACCCAGACUUUGUCAUUGCUCUAAUUUUCAAAAGCUUCAACAUGGAGCCCAGCUAUGACUUUCUGCACGUCUACGAGGGUGAGGACUCUAAUGGUCGUCUGAUUAGCAGUCUUCAGGGAAGUCAGGCUCCUGAGCGCAUCGAGAGCAGUGGGAAUAGCCUCUUCUUGGCAUUCCGCAGUGACGCCUCGCUUGGAAUGUCCGGCUUUGCCAUUGAGUACAAAGAAAAGCCAAGGGAAGCAUGCUUCGACCCUGGAAACAUUAUGAAUGGAACACGACUUGGAAUGGAUUACAAACUUGGCUCUACAGUCACGUACGAAUGCGACUCUGGCUACACAACCACGGGUCCGGCUACUCUCACCUGCAUCAUCGGCACUGAUGGAAAACCUGUAUGGGACAAGGCUCUCCCUACAUGUAAAGCUCCAUGCGGUGGACAGUACACGGGAUCGGAGGGAGUUGUGCUAUCUCCAAACUAUCCACACAAUUACACAUCAGGCCAGACAUGCUCCUACUUCAUCACCGUCUCCGGAGAGUUUGUGGUCUUCGGGCAGUUUGCCUAUUUCCAGACAGCUAUGAAUGACUCAGUCGAACUGUUUGAUGGGCCAAAUCACAAUGCCAGGCUGCUGAGCUCCCUAGCUGGCUCUCAUUCUGGAGAGACCUUGCCUUUGGCCACUUCAAAUCAGAUCAUGCUGAGGUUCACUGCCAAGAGUGGCCCUUCUGCCAGGGGAUUCCAUUUUGUUUACCAAGCGGUUCCACGCACCAGUGAUACGCAAUGCAGUUCCAUCCCCGAGCCCAGAUACGGCAGGCGUAUUGGUUCGGAAUUCUCCGCCGGCUCCAUUGUUCGAUUUGAGUGCAGCCCGGGAUACCUGCUGCAGGGAUCCAAAGCCAUUAAGUGCCACUCUGUUCCCAAUGCGUUGGCACAAUGGAACGACAGCAUCCCCAGUUGCAUAGUUCCGUGCAGUGGGAAUAUGACAGAGAGGCGAGGCACUAUCCUCUCCCCUGGCUUCCCCGAGCCCUAUGGGAACAGCCUGAACUGUGUGUGGAGAAUCAGCGUCACCGAAGGAGCCGGGAUUCAGGCAAGUGAAGGAAAUAAAAUAAAAAUCCAAGUCAUGAGCUUUGCUACAGAGCAUAACUGGGACUCCUUAGAGAUCUACGAUGGCGGCGAUAUGACCGCUCCAAAGCUCGGCAGUUUUUCAGGUACAACAGCGCCAGCCUUGUUAAACAGCACGUCUAACCAGCUCUACUUACACUUCCAUACUGAUAUCAGCGUCGUUGCUGCUGGAUUUCACCUGGAGUACAAAACUGUAGGCCUGACCGCAUGUCCGGAGCCAGUUGUGCCGGCCAAUGGCAUUAAGAGUGGAGAUCGGUACAUGGUGAACGAGGUGGUGUCGUUCAGCUGCGAGCCAGGAUACGUACUACAAGGUCAUUCCCAUAUCACAUGUAUGCCAGGCACUGUACGACGCUGGAACUACCCACCUCCGCUGUGUAUUGCCAAGUGUGGUGGGACACUUAACGAUGUGAGUAAUGUGAUCCUGAGCCCCGGUUUCCCCGGAAACUACCCUGGCAACUUGGACUGUACAUGGAGGAUCCUCCUGCCCAUUGGAUAUGGAGCACACAUCCAGUUCCUGAACUUCACGACCGAAGAUAACCACGACUUCCUGGAAGUGCAUAAUGGACCCCAGCACAGCAGCACACUGAUUGGCCAGUAUAGCGGCAGUGAGCUUCCUGCUCCUCUCCUGAGCACAACUCAUGAAACGGUCAUCCACUUCUACAGCGACCACUCACAGAAUCGCCAGGGCUUCAGGCUCACAUACCAAGCCUAUCAGUUGCAAAAUUGUCAAGAUCCAUAUCCAUUCCAUAAUGGAUAUAUAAUCCACAGUGACUUCAGUGCAGGGCAAUCCAUAACAUUUGAGUGCUAUCCUGGAUAUGUUCUAGUUGGUUAUCCAGUGUUGACGUGCCAGCAUGGAACAAACCGUAAAUGGAAUCAUCCAUUUCCACGUUGUGAAGCACCCUGUGGCUACAACGUGACAGCUCUGAACGGUACAAUUUUUUCACCCGGAUACCCCAACGAGUAUCCGGAUUCACAGGACUGCCUGUGGCUCAUCACAGUGCCGCAUGGCCAUGGAGUGUACAUCAACUUUACACUGCUCCAGACUGAGCCUAUAACCGACUACAUUGCAGUGUGGGAUGGACCGGAGCAAAGCAACUCGCAGCUUGGAAUCUUCAGCGGCAAUACGGCCCUGGAGUCAGCCUACAGUUCUUUCAAUCAGGUUCUUAUCAAGUUUCACAGUGACUUCUCCACAAGUGGAUUCUUUGUCCUCAAUUUCCAUGCUUAUCCUCUGAAGAAAUGCUCCCCUCCCCCUGCUGUGGAUGAGGCAGAAAUAUUGUAUGAAGAUGGAGACUAUGAAAUAGGUGACAUUGUAAGAUAUCGGUGUUUUCCUGGGUUCGCCUUGAUCGGCAACGAUGAGCUCACCUGCAAGCUUAACUCCCACCUGCAGUUUGAAGGCCCUCCCCCAGCGUGCGAAGCUCAAUGUCCUGCAAAUGAGGAGCUGUCCAAGUCCUCUGGGGUAAUCCUGAGUCCGGGCUUCCCGAAAAAUUACCCCAAUUCACAGACCUGCUCCUGGAUCAUCAAAGUGUUGCCCACCUAUACCAUUUCCAUUUAUGUGGAGUUGUUUCAGAGUGAAAAGCAGUUUGAUGAGCUGGAAAUCUUCGAUGGGCCAUCUGGACAAAGUCCCUUGUUGGUGGCACUUAGUGGAAACCACUCGACGCAAUUGAACUUCACAAGCAAAACCAACCAACUUUACCUCAGAUGGUCAACUGAUCAUGCGACCAACAAGAGGGGGUUCAAAAUACGCUACACAGCGGCAUAUUGCAGCAUGAGUGCCCCACCCAAGAAUGGCGGGAUCACGAACAGGACGAAAGAGCAGCCAGGCAGCCGGAUUCAGUACUACUGUAAUGCAGGCUACAGGCUUGUUGGUCAGCACAAUGCCACAUGCCGACUCCAUCCGAAUGGACUUUAUCAGUGGGAUGCCCCAGCUCCACUUUGUCAAGCAAUAUCAUGCGGUGUCCCAGAAAGCCUGGGCAACGGCUCCUUCCAUGGGCUACAGUACACCGUGGGCAGCACUGUGCGGUAUGAAUGUGACGAGGGCUUUUGGGCUGAGAAUACCACCCUGCUGUCCGCUGUUUGCCUAGAGGAUGGCACCUGGAGCAAUGCGGCUCAUCCUCCUCACUGCUUACCGAUUCAGUGUCCCAACAUCGAGAGUAUGCUUUCAGAAAACAUGGUAUGGCGCCUAAUCUCAGGCACGCUGAACGAACUCAGCUCUCAGAUAAUGUUAAGCUGCAUUCCUGGCUACUACCUGGGGGGCCAAAGAACUAUCAAGUGCUUAGCAAAUGCAACCUGGGAAGGACUGGAGGGGAAGUCGACUUGCAAAAUUAUCUCCUGUGGGGAGUUGCCUUCUCCUCCUAAUGGCAAGAAGAUGGGUACACUGACCACCUUUGGUGCCACAGCCAUCUUCAUGUGCAAUACCGGCUACACGCUAGUCGGCUCCCACGUGCGGGAGUGUCAGGCCCAUGGCCUCUGGAGUGGAGUGGAGACUAAAUGUCUGGCUGGUCAUUGUGAUUCGCCUGAUCCCAUCACUAAUGGCCACAUCAGCGGCGAUGGCUCCAGCUACAGAGACACAGUGGUAUACCAGUGCAACCUGGGAUUUCGCCUCAUUGGGACCUCAGUGCGCAUUUGCCAGCAGGACCACAGGUGGUCAGGGCGAGCACCUGUCUGUGUUCCCAUUACCUGUGGCCAUCCUGGAAACCCAGCUAACGGGCGGACAAACGGGAGUGAGUUUAACCUCAAUGACGUGGUAAACUUUACAUGCAACACCGGCUAUGUGUUGCAUGGAACCGCUCGGGCACAGUGCCGCAUGAAUGGCCUGUGGAGCAACCCACUGCCCAUCUGCAAAGUGGUAAACUGCUCUGAUCCAAGCUUCGUGGAGAACGCUGUUCGUCAUUCUUCACAUCGCUAUCCUGAGAGCUUCAACUACCAACACACAGUGAUGUAUCACUGUAAGAAGGGCUUUUAUCUGCUCGGCUCAUCUGUGCUUACCUGCCAGUCAAACGGCCUGUGGGACAGAUCGCUUCCUAAGUGCCUUUCUAUUUCUUGUGGUGAUCCAGGCGUUCCCCCAUUCGCAAUCCUCUCAGGCAGGAAGUUCACCAAUGGUGCAGUAGUGAGUUACUCCUGCAGCCAGGGUCGAACCCUGGUGGGAAAUGCCACGCUCCAUUGCCAGGAGGAUGGGCGCUGGAGUGGCUCACCACCCUACUGCUCAGGUGGUAGUGCGGGUUUUUGCGGUGACCCAGGUGUUCCACCACACGGCUCACGUCUGGGAGAGGAGUUUCGUGUCAGGAGCCUCCUGCGCUUCACUUGUGAGGCGGGAUAUAUUCUGAUGGGCUCCUCAGAGCGUACCUGCCUGCAGAAUGGUUCAUGGAGUGGCACCCAGCCCGUGUGUGAGGCUGUGUCCUGUGGGAAUCCUGGAACUCCAGCCUAUGCUAGGAUCGUGUUCAGUGAUGGGAUGCACUUCUCCAGCUCAGUGUCGUACGCCUGCUGGGAGGGCUACAAGACCACAGGCCUCACAACUCGCCACUGCACCACUAAUGGCACAUGGACCGGCUCGGCUCCGGACUGCACAGUCAUCAGCUGUGGAGAUCCUGGUCCUAUUGCUAGUGGAAUUUACAUGGGGAAUGAGUUCACCUUCAAUAAGACGGUCCGUUAUCGUUGUAACCCUGGUUACAUCAUGGACCCUCCGGGCCGGGACACUCUCUACUGCUCCAAAGACGGCACGUGGAAUCAGACCAAACCAAGCUGCAGAGUGAUCAUCUGCGACCAGCCCCCGGCUAUCCGCAACGGGAAAGUGGAAGGCUCUGAUCUGCAGUGGGGCUCUAGCGUGGCAUACAGCUGUUUCAGUGGUUAUCAGUUAUCCUCUCUUGGAAUAGCCACGUGUGAGGGGAAUGGAACAUGGCGUGGUGAAAUCCCUCAGUGUUUGCCUGUGUUAUGUGGGGACCCUGGAACUCCUGCAGAGGGCUACAGAGAAGGGAAGCAGUUUACCUACAAGUCUGAAGUAUCGUUCUUCUGCCGUCCCCCCUAUCUGUUAGUGGGCUCUUCCAGGAGAGUGUGUCAGGAGGAUGGCUCAUGGAGUGGAAUGCAGCCUUCCUGCAUCGAUCCAGCAUAUAAUGCAUGUAAGGAUCCAGGAACUCCUGCGUAUGGAAUUCCAUUGCAAGCUCAGGGAUUUAUGGUGGGGAGUAAGGUUUUCUUCAGAUGCAGAAAAAAUUAUCAUAUCCUCGGGUCCACCACCAGAACGUGCCUGGAAAAUUUGACUUGGAGUGGCAUGCAGCCGGAGUGUGUCGCUCAUGCAUGCCGACAGCCGGAGACACCAUCGCACGUGGAUGUGAGGGCCAUUGACCUGCCUACACUAGGCUAUACCCUCAUGUAUACGUGCCAAGAUGGAUUCUUUUUGGCCGGGGGUUCUGAGCACAGGACAUGCAGGCCAGAUGGCCGGUGGUCGGGCAAACCUCCCGUCUGCAAAGUCGGACCCAAAAUAAACACCAAGUCAAAGGGAGACCCAGACAUACAGAAAAACAAGAUUCGGGUGCCUGCGGAUGUGUUCUCUUUAAACUCGGGCUGGACUGGUUUCUACGAGUACCUUGGCAAGAGGCAGACUGCUACAAUAACAGUCACGACUUUCAAUGCCACAACCAGCAGAGUCAACGUCACUCUUUUAGAACAAAGCGGAGUGCAGCUCAAGCUUUCAGGCACUUAUAAAAAAGAGGAAAAUCACUUAUUACUCAAAGUCUACCAGAUACGAGGUCCAACAGAGCAGUACUUCAGUAAAUUCAAAAAUGACAACUGGGCAAUGGAUGGUUAUGUGACAGCUGAGUCUGAAAAGAAAAUGUUUGUUUACCAAGGUCACAUCCACAGCAAAGAUUUUGGCAAGUUUCAGCUGACAAGACAAGCGCUUGUCACUACAGAUAUGGAUCCCUCCAAUCCGUACUAUGGCACGAACAGCAGCUCAGUGGCGGCUGCCAUAUUGGUCCCGUUCUUUGCGCUCAUUCUGUCAGGGUUCGCCUUUUACCUCUACAAACACAGGACGAGACCAAAAGUCCAAUACAAUGGCUACGCAGGGCACGAGAACACAAACGGACAGGCAUCAUUCGAGAACCCCAUGUACGACACAAACAUGAAGCCGACCGAGGCCAAAGCAGUGAGGUUUGACACGACGCUCAACACAGUGUGCACAGUAGUAUAGCCCUCAUUAGCAGCUCCAGGUAUUGAGAACCACAUACCAAUUCCUUCAUAACUGAAUGCAAUUUGGUAGGAAUGUGUACUCUUUGCUGUGAUCGCACUCUGAACAAUUUCAAGCCUUGACAGCUUUUUUAAGACCACGAAAGCAAAAACAAUGGAAAAUGUCAAAGAAACAAACAACAAAAAAAAACCCCACAUUUUCUGGGAAACUAUGAUUGCGUGCUGUCUUUGACAUGAACGAGUUUCUCGGAGCAAGGAAUAGCACCACUAACAGCACACAUAGGGUGGAAGGUUUUUUUUUUUUUUUUUUUUAAUCCUUCCUUUUUUCAUGUCUUUCUCCCCCCCAACCAAUCAAACAUGCUCAUUUGGGAAGAUGCUGAAGUGUCUUUUAAAAGCCACAGAAUUGCUUGCAAAGUUUAUUUUCUUCAGUGAAGACAAAAGACAAGUAUAACAGACAUUGGACUGGUGUGGCUGAGUGUACGACACGGGACAUCUCCAAGAAAGAAAGAAAAAAAAAAAAGACAUAAAACUACUACGCGCAACAAGAAACUGUAAUCUCCGGGUUAUGGAUGGAACUGUCAACUGCCGUGUGGGUCAAAACAAAACUUUAUCGCACAAAUUUUGCACUAGUAUGAGAAGGACGUGAAAUGGGUUAAAGGAAUAAAACGUUUAAAAAAAAAAAAAAAAAAAAAAAAAAACAGGGUUACUGACAACAUGUAUAUAAACAUUGUAAUUCCAUAUCCAUAAAGAGCAUGAUGCCAUGCUAUGUCUAUCAAGAGAGCUUAAUUCUAUUUUUAAAUUAGAUCUGCAAAUAAAGUUAUGUUUAUGUUUACAUAAACCUAUCAGAAUGGUUAUAAUGACACAAUUUAAGCUUUGGAAUGAUUUUCUAAAAGCUUCAUAUCUCGUUCCAUUUUUGUUGUUAUUGUUCCUUGUUUCUUUCUCUUUUUUUCCCCCUCCAGAAUUAUGUUUAAGGUGUCUAAUCAUUUUCUUUUUUGGAUCCAAUUGAAAUGAAAUUCUGGUCAGAAAAUAUUACUUUUUCACUGACUAUUUGGCAUAGUUUGUACCACAUUUUAUCCCAACUGAAAAUGGCAAUUUUUUUUUUUUUUUUUUUAAUGCGGGUUUAUAUCUAUACUUCACUAAUGCUAUUUUUUUUCUUUCUGUGAUGUUACUGACAUGCUUGUCUUAUAUGCCAGCUGUAGUCAUCAUCUGCCCAUUUUAAAUGCUUUCAUGACAGUUUUCCAGUCAGAAUUUAAUUCAUUUUUUGUCAUCUCUCCUGUACCUUUUCGACAACUUCUCCGUGAUCCUGAAAUCAAAGAAAUAUCAAAUGUACGGUCAAAGAAACACUGCCUUAUUAGAUUCAAAAGCAGGACGUGGGCCAUUUUCAGUUAUCCGUAUCAUCGUGUAUUUAGGAGCAUAUAUGGCUUCACGGGUGCAGAUUCACUGUGAUUUUAAUCUCUUCAGUUGCUGGGUUUUAUUGACAUGUAAAUGCUCUUUUUUUAAAUCUGCAAACAACCUGAAGCCAAAUUUGUUCGAUGUUUCCAAAAGUAUGUCGUGACAUGCACAAGUGCACUAGCCAAACUUAAAAACGGUGUCAGAAAUUUAAUACCCAGAGACGCUUUGUUUGAAUUCAUACUUUGCUUUGUUUGAAUUCAUAGAAUAAGUGUUUGUUUUUGUUUUUUUGUUUUUUUAACUUAUUCUGUGCUUGACCAUUUAUGACUUUCCAUACACUUUGGACCGUAAAACACAAUCGUGUGACCAUGCUGACAUGACUACCUUAGCAUUAUAUGCACACAAUGAUAUUGCAGUAAAUGUGCUUUUUAGAGAUCUUUUUUUUUUUUUUGCACUCUAUUAUCUGCACCCUUCUGUAAAACUGGAGGAAUUUGCGUUUUUAAAAAAAAAAAACAUUUAUAAUCCCAAGUAGCUGUUGGACAGAUUGAGGCACAAGCGUUGGGUACAGCAGGUUGGACCGGUCACAUUAUAAUAGUAUCAACUUUACCCCUCUCAUACGCUCUUCUUACUGUCUACCAGAUAUCCCACAUCAUCAGGCUUGCUGCAAUAACGUUGAAUGCCCCCCACCACCACCACUGUAAAAUAAUCAAUUCGCAAGCUGUAAAACUGCGUUCAAACCAACAAUCGCACCAUUCCUACAUGUCAUUCUCUCCAUGUGCUGCUGACUUGAAGUAGGUGCAAAAGAAAAUGGUUUUGUACAGAAAUCUAUUUUUUAUGAGGAAUUUGUAUAAUGAUUAAAUAUGCUGUACUUUUUUGACUAAAUGUAGUUAAAAUUGUUAAAAUAAAUGUUUUUACUGUAUAAAAUGUAAAUUAAUGGUUUAUCUACCUGUAACUAUAUAUCCAUGGUUGAAACAUUUUCCAGCAAAUGUCAGUAUGUACGAGCUUUUAUGACGCAUCUUGCUCGUAUGUGUUCUUUGACGUGAGAAAACCCUAGAGAACUGUACUACAGGUUGUUCAAAUACACAUAUUUUCAAAAAUAUUACUUCAGAUAAAUAUUAAAGUAUUUUAAAAUAUUCAUUUUUGUUGCCAUUUGACAACAUGCCCAAGGAUGAACGAUGCACGUAAGUAAUGAGCACAUGCUGUUUAAACACAUUAUCAGACCUCAGAGUAUGCACUUCUAGAAAACACCAACCAAAUAACUCAAAAUUUCAGAAGAUGAGCCUUCACUUUUUUGAGGACCCAAAACUUCCCAAACGAGUUGCAUUUUACUCACUGAAGACAACAAGCAGUAACUGAAAUAGCUGUGCUAUAGACUUGGCAGAGCAUCACCAAGGAAACAACUACAGAAAUGACUCGGCAGAAUAAGUCCGGCUUCUCAGGGGCGUCAGACAUUAGGAUGCGAGCAAAAUGAAGGCAGAAAUUCCAACAAAUUCAUUUUGGUAAAUGAUUUGCAGGUGCACCACUCUUUCCACCUAAAAUCGGGGAUACCUCUAAAAUAUCUACAAAAUAACAAACACACACUAUAUAAAAAAGGACCUUGACUAUAAAAGGAAUAAGUCACAAUUACAAACAGGUGAGUUACAGCAUAUCAAUUAUAACAGCUUGAUUGCCAACUAACCCUAGAUCUGUCCAGAUCCGUUUAACCUACGGCAAAUCUGCUCGGCCGUCACAGUCACGCCUUUGGUCUGACGCCUUUGGAGAGAAGCCUUGAUGACAGAUCCAAGCACACCAGGAGCACAGUGCCAUUUAACUGAUGCAGCCCAGUGCCAUAAAGAGAAUGAUGCAAACAAAUUUAAAUAUUCAAGAGUGCAUGCAACCAUAUGAAAUUCACCUGAUAGUGCAGUGUGGUUUAUAAUUUCUUUUUUUUUUUAAGGCUUUAAAUAAUAAAAUGUG